UCUUUUGAAAGGGCGAGACAGUGAUGGCUUCCUGGUAUUCCAGGAGAAGUUCAUUCGGGAGUGCAUUAGGAAAUUUCCAUACUGUGAUGCCACAUUACUGCAGCAGCUGGUCCGGAGUAUCGCUCCAGUGGAAAUUGGAAGUGACCCCACUGCUCUGUCAGUGCUCACGCAGGCCAUCACAGGACAGGUGGGUUUCAUGGACGCAGACUUCUGUGCAACCUGUGGUGAGAAAGGAGCAGAGAAAAGAUGCUCCAUCUGCAAAAUGGUGAUCUACUGUGACCAGGCCUGUCAGAAGCUGCACUGGUUUAGCCAUAAAAAGGUCUGUAAGAUGUUACAGGAGCAGAGAGAGAAACACGAAUCUGAGUCUGCAUCACGACUACAGAAACAGGCCAAAGGUAUUCAAACCCAAUUAGUUUUGCAUUACUAUGUCGUUUAUGAGAAGUAUCACGGUAUUAUCGUGUUUUUUGGGCAUCGUACCAUGGCAACACAUUGGCCUUGACGUGUUCUUUGGGAAUGCCCCAUAUUUCCUUUUAAGUAAUUUGUUUCAAGAAUCAUGCCACAAUGUUCAUGAUGUAUGUUUUUGAUUCACUAAAAAGAAUCAAAUGAUGAAAAUCAUUUGCUUUGAGAAUCAAGUUACACUGUUCGUGCUGUAUAUUUUUGAUUCACUUUUUUGUUGUCACACUUAAACUAAUAAUAGGCAUAGAGUAAAAGAGAAGAUUUGAGAUUACAAAUAUU